AUGCGUCCCUCCAUCUUCCUCGCAAUCGCAUCGUUCGCGGCAUCUAUCACCGCCGCCGCCCACCCUAAACGUCCCAAAGCGCUUGUCUGGCGAGGCGGAUAUGUCUGUGGUGGUUGUCCCGCUGCUGUCAAGAACUUGUUGACGAGUUCCCCCUCGCAUUUCGAUGUCUCAUUCGUCGGGCCGAACGAAACUGUUCAUCUCACCCCCGAGGCUCUGAGCAAAGUCGACAUCUUCGCCUACCCGGGUGGACCAGAUGCCGCACGGGCGGCAAAGAACAUGGCGCCUUACAACGAGACAGUCCGUAACUUCGUCGCCAAUGGAGGCAAAUACCUGGGCUUCUGCCUUGGAGGCUAUCUGGCCGGCCUACCGGGCUUUGGCCUCCUCCCCCAGGGUGACAACACCUAUGCAGAGAUUGCUCAACCGGGAGCUCAGGUCAAAACCGGAAAGAACACCAUCAUCCAAGUCGACUGGACAUUCCACACCGGAAAACUGGCAGGCCAGACCAAGGAGCAAUGGAUGUUCUUCCAAGACGGAGGUACCGUUAAAGGAAGUAACACUACCAAUCUCGAGGUUCUCGGACGAUUUGCGAGCAAUCAGAACAUUGCUGCCGCAGUGUCGCCAUUCGGCAAGGGCUGGGUCGGUGUGACGGGUCCCCAUCCAGAGGCUGAUCAAUCUUGGUACACCCCGUACCACCUCAAGAAUCCAGACGGCAUCAAUUUCACCAUUGGUUGGGAUUUCAUCGAAACCGUUUAUGGCAAACCAAAAGGGGGUGCGCCCGCGUGGACAUGA